GUUCCAAGCAUGCCUUUAUACCAGCCUCCUGUUUCCACUGCUCUUCUCCCCGUGCGCACUCCCACCCCACACCCGUGGCCCAUCGCUCGCACUCAGCGUGCAGCACCAGGGGCGGAUGCCACCACAGAAAGCGACUAGUCCUGGAAGGGUGGCUGUUGUUCCAGGGCCGCCGGACAACCCACUGCUGCACACAGCGCGCCCCUGGCAGGUGUCGGAGGGGGCAGCGGAGGCGGUGGUGGCGGCGGGGGCCAACGUGCUGGGGGCAGCGGAGGGCGUGCUGCGAGUGGCGGCCAGUGGCUCCGACGUGCGCCUCUUCGUCAAGGUGGUUGCUGGGGUGCCAUGGAGUGGCCACUGGGCAGUGCUGCUCUUCCUCUACGUCACAGCAGCUGUCGGUCGCAUCGCCUCCCUCGCCACCAUCAUCUUCUUCUGUGUUAUCAGCGGCUUCACGGUCUCCCUCCUACGUUCCCUUGCAUCCUCCGUUGCUGGUCUUGUCAACGCCCGCACUACAAUGUAA